AUGAACGAGAUUGCCUAUCCCUAGACCUAAUUCCAAAGAUACUCAUCUCGCCAAAUUAACAAGGUUACUUACUAUUGUCAAUCUCUUAAUGCACCAGACAAGGAUGGUUUGGAAAAGAAAAACCAAAUAUAUAAAUGGUAAGAGAUACAAAUUAAUCAAGGUUGAGAAAUUUGCCAAUGUAAUAAUUAGAGCAAGUAUUAUCCUUCACGUCUUAUUACAGAGUUCAUUCCUUUCUAAAAAUGUUUAAAUAAGAUUAAAAUUUGCUUCAUGAAUAUUUGGAAUUGGAAUAAAGUCCUUUUGAAGUUAAUGUAAAAAUCAAAUUAAAUCAAUAUUAUUAUGUGAGAGAGUGUAAUCGAAUAGAUAUGACUAAUUAAUGGAGAUAUGCAUAAUAAGUAUUAAUUGCACUUAAACAAUAGUAUAUUCUUGAUCAUACUUACAUUUCAGAUUAUGAAUGGUUAUUUGAUACUAUUACAAUUAAAGGUGAUAUUGAGGAGAUUAUUUAAUCAUUUGAAAUUCUAUCUAAAUAAUCAUUAUUCACAAAAAAUUGGAGAAUCGAGACCAAUGAAGACGAGGAAUAUUCAGAAAUUAAUUUUGAUUCAUAAUAAAAGAAAAAAGCAUUCAGGACCUUAUCAGAACAUAUUGUAAAUGAAAUGGAAAAGGCAAUCUUAAUAAAGUAACAUUUUGUAAAUACAACUUAAGAUUCUAAUAAUUUGAACAAAAAUGCACUUAUACUAAAUAGGAUUAAUUAUUUAACUUUCAUUAAAUUGAAUUAAAUUUCAAUAAUAUUAAUUAUGAGAUUGAAACUCAAGAAUUUUAGAAAGUUUUGGAAUAAUCUUAAGUAGAGAUGUAGUUUAUAGAUGAAAAAGUAUUAUUAUAAAGUUGGAAUUAACAUAUAAAAUGGGAAAAUUUAAAUUUGAAUAAUAUUGAACAAUAAAUCCAACAUUUGUUAAAUGAUAAAGAUUUAAUCUUUUAAUCACCUCUUAAAUAUACAAGUAAAUUAUGAAAAUUAAAUAUAAUAGUUACGGAAUCCUUAUUGUUUUGUAAAUAUUUAAUUUGUAAAUAAUUAAAAAUUUUAUAUCCAUUAAAAAAACCAUUAGAAGAGAAUCUUAAAGAAAAAAAGAAACCAAAAUAAAAGGUUUCUAAUUUGAAAAUGUUUUAAGGUAAAGUUGAUUAAUUGAAAUAAAUCAAUACUUAUUUUACAAGUUCUGAAAAAUCAAAAAUAUUACCAGAAAAUGAAUAAAGAUUAUUUAGUACAAAUUUAGAAGAAAAAGAAUAAUAAAUAUAUGAACAUUCUACUUCUUUUAUGAAAAAAUUGAUUGAAACAGUAUUAACAGAACUUGAGAAUUAUAAAUAAUAUAAAAAGAAACUUAAAAAAGUUAAAAAUGCUAAAAAAUCAUAAAUUAUUGAAACUGUAUAACCAGAACCUACAGUAUAAGUAUCUCAAGAUAUUAUAAAAGAAGAUGAAUGGAAUGAUAAACCAAAAUCUAAAAAAUAAAGAAAAAAGCAGCUUGAAAAAUAAAGAAAAAAAGAGUAAUUUUAUCAAAUGAUAUUUCUAGUAAUUUAGAAAGGAAGAAACUUAAAUAAAUGAAUCAAUCUCAAUAGCAAAGUGUAUCACAAGAUGAAAAAAUAGAAAAAUCAUCUAAAUCUUCUAUAAAAGAUGAUAAUGAAGAUAUUGAAAAUUAAAUAGAUAAUUAUUAUGAUAAUAAUAAUAAUGAUGAACUUAUAUUUGAAUAAUAAUAACAAAAUGAGAUUAUAGAAACAGUUAUUCAAGAUAUACCUAUUAUUACUAAUUCUGUGCUUGAUGAUGAAAGUGAUUAUAUUGAAGUAUAGAAUAAAAAGCAAUAGAAAAAAUAAAGUAAGUCAAAAACAUCCAGACAUAAGAAAUAAACAAAUAAGAAAGAUAAGGAAUUUUAAGACAAUUAAUCUUUACCUGAUGAAUAAUAAUAUAUUCCAUCAUUAAAGAAAUCUACUUCUUAAUCAGUUUAAAAGAAUAAUAAUCAUCAAUAUGAUGAACUUAAAUUAGAAAGAAUGUAAUCUCAAUAACAAAAUAGAACUAUAUUAUAAAAAAAAGAGAAUGCAAUUAAUAAAAUAUAAAGAUCAGGUUUAGUUAAAUCUAAAGCUUAAUAAAAAGAAUAAAAAUUGUAUACAUAUGAUUUAGAUCAAUCCUAAUUAUAAAAGAUUUAUAAAACAAUAUUGGAAUAAAAGAUUACAAAUGAUGUUAAAUAAAUAUAUCAAAAAGAAAUUGAUUAAUUUAAUAAGUAUAAAGCUGCAAGAGACAUCUCUAUUUAAAGAGUUUAACAUGUUAUUAAAUCAUAUUUUAAGAAUUGUGACACUGAAAUAUUUGGAUCAUCUACAACUGGAUUAGCAUUAAAAGAUAGUGAUGUUGAUAUGGUUGUUUAUGGUCUAUAAGUAUAUACAAAAUAAUAAUUAUUUGAACCUAUGAAAAGAUUGAUUGAAAUAUUUACUGAAUUAAAAUGGGCUGUUUAAUGCAAGUAUAAUAGAUUUUUAUAAAUAUAGACAUAUAUUUUAAGCUUCAGUGCCACUUAUUAAAGUCUUAGUAGAUCCUUCUAUAGACUUUCUUUCGUUUAAAGGAGAGCCAAAAUAUAUAAUAAUGCAAUGUAGAAAUCUUGAUCUCAAUUUAAAAUAUGGAGAUCCAAGUAAUUUUGAAUUUGACUUUAGGUUAAAAUAUCUUUAUUGAUAUUACAUUUGAAUUGGCUCCUCCUUAUGCAAUAUAUAAUCCAUAUGUCUAAGCAUUUAAUAUAGGUUUUUAAUCAACAUAAUAUACAAUUGAUAUAUGUGAAAAAAUUCAAGGUUUUUCAGAGGUAGCAAUAUAUUUAAAGAAAUUACUCAAGAUAAAAGAUUUGAAUGAUUCAUAUACUGGUGGUAUUAGUUCAUUUUGUUUAACAAUAAUGUUGGCAGCUAUAGGAUAAGAUCACAGUAUUGGUUAAAAACUAAUUAAUUUUUUACAUAAAUAUGGUUGUAAUUUUGAUCCUAAUAAAUGGGCUAUUUAUUUGGAUGAAAAAGGAUAAAAUAAUUUUUAUAAUAUCGAAGAUGAAUAAUCAAAUUAACCUCUUACUAUUAUUUCACCAAUCAAUUUACAAAAGAUUCAAAUAAAUGUUACUAAGAUAUAGACUAUAUUAUAAUUGUUUCAAUAAUUAUAUGUUGAAAUAAUGUAAAAUAUAGAUUAGAUAGAAUCUUGUUUGCAGAAAAGAAUUAACCAAAAAGAAUUAUUAGAGAAUUACAAUAGUCACUAAAUAUCAAAAUUAGUUGACCUUGUCUCUUGGCAAUGUCCUAAUUUACUAGAAAGCCAAAUUUAAUGA